UGCAGGAGAAAGGGGGAGGAACAGACCGUAGAGCCGCAGACAGAGAAAGGACGAGGAUUUCAAGAAAGCGUGCUUGUUUAUGUGAUGGCCUUGGAGGUCCAGCGUCCAGCCCUACGAGCAGCAUCGGUCCCGGACUCUGAGGAAGAGGGCUAGAGACUCCUCAAGACACAAGAAUGAGUGGCGAUGUCCUCUAGCUAACCUCUUACAGCGUUCAUGCCGCUCUGCGUUUAGCGUGCACGUGUACCCGUGGACGUUUCAGGUGUUUGAGAGGCGUAUGGCCGUUCGCAGGCUGGUGGCGGUGGCGGCGGCGGUGGCCCUGCUUUCUCUGGUGCUCAACAACGUGGCGACGUUCAGCUCUAACUGGGUGUUACAGGUGCUGGAGGACGGACGGAGGAGAAGCGUUGGGCUCUGGAGAGCAUGUGCGCACGAGGACACACACACUCACGAGCUCACACCCUGCCAGAGACUCAGCUGGGGAUCGGAGUUCGCGGGGUACCAGGAGUCACGCAGCACUGUCAAACUUCAGUUUGACAUGAUGCGGGCAUGUAACCUGAUGGCUACGGUGGCUCUGACCGUGGGUCAGCUAAUCUUCCUGUUUGGGUUAUUGGAGAUAAGCCACAUUACCCAGGAUUCUCAGUGGUGGGAGGAGGCCAUCGCAGCCCUGUUCCAGUUAGCCAGUUUUGUGCUGGUGAUCGGCCUCGUGACGUUCUACAGGAUUGGCCCCUACACUCACCUGUCCUACUCUUGCUACGUAAACAUCGCUGCAUGCUUGUUUGCCACGCUAGCCGCAGCCAUGCUAAUCUGGAAUAUUCUGCAUCGCCGUGACGACUGUCUGUCACCGUCUGUCAUUGUCAUCAGUCGAUCUUUGACCACACCCUUCAGGCCACGCCUAGACAAUGACUACGUAGAGUCACCGUGCUGACACACAAAGACACAUCUCACCUGAGACAAAGGGCAUGAUGGAUAUUUAGAUGGGAUGGACACAAAAGCCCAUGGAGAGGAUUUCAAUCAUUUUAUGUGAAAUUGAUCUUCUGCUUAAAGGGACAGUUUACGCAAAAAUGAAAAUGUGCUGUUAAUUUACUCGCCCUCAGGCCAUCCCGUCUUUUUUUCUUCAGUCAAGAGGAUUUUUAGCUGAAACUGAAGUCCUUGGUGAUUCAUAUAAUGCAAGUCAAUGACUA